AUGGCGAGCACAACAGAUGAGGUUGCUGAAGAGCAUAUGGUCAGCCAUGAGAAAGGUGGAGAUGAUGAAGAAGAAAUCGCCGCCAUGAGAGAAAGACUAACGAAGAUGGAAUCUGAGGCGGCGAAACUGCAUGAAAUGCAAGCAUCACUGGACCAGCAAACUGAGAACCUGCGGGAAGAUAAGGAAGACAUCGACGCGAGGAGUAUCUUUGUCGGAAAUGUCGAUUAUGCAGCGUCUCCAGAGGAAAUCCAAGCCCACUUCCAAAGCUGCGGCUCGAUAAACCGAGUUACGAUUCUAUUGGAUAAAUUUACUGGCCAUCCAAAGGGGUUUGUCUCUCCCAACACACCUACCUGCCUGCUUGCCUGCCUACCUACGGAUUCCGAACUCCUUCCCAUUCCCCUAGAGUCCGAUAUUCUCGACCCUCCGUGA